AGCAUUCGGCUCAGGGGCCCGCCCGGGCGGCGCUGGUUGGGUGUCCGCGGCGCUCGCGCGGCCACGAUGUGGUUGCGGUGCAGCCAGAUCGGGGGUUGCGGUGACGGCGGGGCGGGGUUCGAGAGCACCGAGGACAGCGACAACGGAGCGGGGGAGCUCCAGGUGAGCGUCCCCAGCCCGGAGGAGCGGGCGGCAGAGCGUCGUCAGGCAGAGGAGGAGGCCGCCGCGGAGCGCCGCAGGGCCCUGGAGGCGGAGUCGCUGCGGGGUCAUUUCCAGAACACUUACGGCAAGGGCAAGCUGUACAAAGGCCGGGACUACGCGAGGGCCUUCGAGCCGGACCUCGGGGUGUGGGUCCACGAGCAUGUAGAGUCCGGCAUGCGGGUCUGGACCGAGGUGUUCGACUUGCGCGACCUGAGGCCACGGGGCCAGUUCAUGACGCUCUUCGUCUACACAGACCGUCCAGGCUUCGCGGCUCUCGUCACCGACGUGGAGAGCGGCCCGGAGGCGCUCGUGGCGCUGGGGGCCAGGGACGGAGAGUUUGGCCGCGGCCUGCUGGCCACGAGCAGGGAGCCGUCGGACUUCGGGUCCAAGAGCGCGGUGCUGCUGAACAACUACUGGCCCGGCAGGGACGACGAGGGGAAGGACACCGGCCCGAAGGACAAGCAGAAUGAGGCCAUCUGCUCCGCCGUCCUGAGCGACCCGGAGCUGAAAGGGAAGGCUGAUUUUUGCGUGGCGAUCUUGGUCCCCGCCAAGAUGGCCUACCCCCUCUGGGAGCGCGUCACCCCAGAGCUGGAGGAGCUGGGCGUUCUCAAGCCUGGGCGCAAUCGGCGGGGCCGGCAGCAGUUCCGCGACCGGGACAUUUGCGUGGUGCAAUUCGACGAGCAGGGCGACAGAAGGUCCGCCGGGGAGUGCGCGCGAGCCAGCAGGCUGCAGGUUGCCCGCAGGCGACUAGCCCACUACGAGGCCACCCUCGGCCCCGCGCACCCGGAGACGCUGGCCUCCACGCAAAAGCUGGCCGACCUGCUCACCUCUCUGGGCCAGCACGAGGAGGCCCAGGCGCUCAGCCUUGCCGCAGCCGAAGGCCGCGCCGCGGCGCUCGGGCCGCAGCACCCGGACGCGCAGGGCUCCCUGCGUUCGCUGGUGGCGACGCUGAAGGCAAUGGGCCGCCGAGCGGAGAUGGAGGCACCCCUACGGCAGCUGGCCAGGGUCCAGGAGGCGACGCUGGGGAAGCGCCACCCCGAGACGCUGGCCACAGUCAGCGAGCUGGCGAGCCUGCUGCAAGCCGAUGGGCGCAAGGAGGAGGCCGAACCCCUGCUCCGCGAGGCUUUGGCAGGCCAGGAGGAGACGCUCGGCGUGGCUCACCCAGACGCCUUGGGCUCCAUGGACGCACUGGCGGACCUGCUGCGAAGCGGGGCGCGCCACGCGGACGAGGAGCAGCUGCUGCGCCCUGCGCUCCCCCGGCUGGAGCAGUCCCUGGGGCCGUCCCACCCGCGCACGCUGAGGUUGCGAGGCCGGCUCGCGGAGCUCCUGGGGACGCUCGGCCAGACCGCCGAGGCAAAGACGCUGCAGAGAGAGGUCCUGGAGAGCCAGGAGCGGGCGCUGGGCGAGCACCACCCGUGCGCGCUGGCGGAGGCCAGCCGCUUGGCCGACCUGCUCGAGCUGACGGGAAGCGCUCGGGAGGCCUUGACCGUGCACCAGCGCGUCUUUCGGGAGCGCGGCGCGAAGCUGGGAGCCACGCACCCCGACACGCUGGCAACCCUGCGCCAGGUGUCCCGCGCGCAGCUCGCCGCGGGCGACUUUGCCGGCGCGGAGGCGCUGCUCAGGCAGGCGUUUGAGCACGCGAAGACCCUCCACGGCGAGGACCACCCCGAUUCCCUCGCGGCUCGGCGCGAGCUGGGGGGCGCGCUGCUGGCGAGCGGGCGGCACAGCGAGGCCGAGCCCCUCUGCAGGCGCGUGCUGGCCGACUCCGAGCGUGUCUUCGGGGCAGACCAUCCCGACACCCAGAGCGCGCUCCGUACCCUGGCCUCCCUCGUCAUGCAGACUGGAGAUCUCGCGCAGGCGGAGCCGCUGUGCCGCCGAGCGCUCGAGGGCCUAGAGAAAUCGCUCGGCCCCAGGCACCCCGAGACCCUCAGUGCGACUGCGUCGUACGCCGAGCUUGUCUUGGCGCUGGGGCGCCUGGGCGAUGCCGAGGCGCUCUGCACCAAGGCGCUGCAGGGCCGCGAGGCCACGCUGGGACCUGGCCACACCGACACGUUCGCUUCGAGGAAGAGCCUGGCGGACCUGCUCAAGGCCGCCGGGCGGCACGCAGAGGCAGAGCCCCUGUAUGAGCGCUUCUUAGAGGGAGCAGAGACGCGGCUGGGGCCCCAGCACCGCGACACGCUCGCCUGCCUCGAGUCCCUGGCGGAGGCGCUGAAGACCAUGGGGUGCCGCGCGGAGGCGGAGCCCUGCCUCCGACGGCUGCUACUCGGGCGCGAGUCGCUGCUGGGCCCGAAGCACCCGUGGACGCUGGCGGCGGUGGGCAGCCUGGCAGAGCUGCUGUGGACGGUGGGGCGUCUGGCCGAGGUCGAGCCGCUCCUCAAGCGGGUGCUGGCUGCGAGGGAGGAGAUGCUGGGGCCCGGGCACCCGGACACGCUCGCCUGCCUGGGCAGCAUGGCCAGCCUUCUCCGCGCCACGGGGCGCCAGAGGGACGCGGAGAAGAUCCUGGAGCGCAUCCUGCAGAGGCAGGAGGCCGCGCUGGGCACCAGCCACCCAGACACGCUGGCGACCCUCGGUGCUCUCUCGGCGACGCCCAGGCGCCUGCAGGAAAGCGAACCGCUUCAGCGGAAGGCGCUGCAGGGCAAGGAGGCGACCCUUGGCGUCUCGCACCCGCAGACGCUGGAGUGCGUCAGCAGGCUGGGCGCACUGUUGCUGCAGCUGGGGCGCGCCGCGGAAGCGGAGCCGCUGCUCCGGCGCGCGCUGGAAGGCAGGCAGACGACCCUGGGCCCGACGCACCCGGACACGCUCGGGUCGUUCCGCGACCUCGUCGAGCUCUUGGUGUCGGUUGGCCGCAACGAGGAGGCCGAGCCGCUGAGCCGCUGCGAGCUGGAGAGCCGCGAGUUGGCUUUCGGGCCCGUGCACCCCGAGACGCUGGCCGCGCUGGAUAUCCUGGCCGGGCUGCUGAUUGGGAUGGGCCGUCACUCCGAGGCCGAGCCUCUCCAUAAGCGCGCGCUCCAGAGCGUCGAGCAGUCGCUUGGCCCUACCCACCCCGACUCCCUGACCUCGAUGAGCCACCACGCCGACCUUCAGAUGGCCAUGGGGCGCAUCUCGGAGGCCGAGGCGCUGUACCGCCGCGCAUUAGAUGGCCGCGUCCAGGUGCUAGGGCCGACCCAUCCGGACACGCUCGCGUCCCUCGAGAAGCUGGCGUCCGCGCUGGCGCUGCUCGGCAGGCGCGCGGAGGUGGAGCCGCUUCGCAGGCGGGCGCUGGACGGGGCCUGCCAGGCCUUCGGCGAUAGCUCGGCCGCCGCUGUGGCCGCGCUGGAGGCUCUCUGCGAGGUGGUGCCCGGCUGCUCCGAGGAGCUGCUGUCCCUGCGCCGGCGCGCGCUGUCGGCCUUGGAGUCCUCGCUGGGGCCAGGCCACGCCCUGUCGCUUGGCGCGGCGCGCAGAUUGGGCCGGCUGCUGUGGUCCAGAGGGCAUCUCGAGGAGGCGCAUCUUCUGUACAAGAGGGUGGUCGAGGGCUCGGAGGGCUCCAUGGGGCCGACGCACCCAGACACCCUGACGCUGCUGCGCGAGUCCGCGUGCUUGCUCAUCGCGGGCGGCAGGGCGGCCGAGGCGGAGGCCAUGUGCAGGCGCCUCUUGCAGGGCAACGAGGCCAUCUGGGGCCCCACGCACCCCGACGUGUUGGCCUCGCAGCGGCUCCUAGCAGGAGUCUUGCGCGACGUGGGCCGGCACGCCGAGGCCGAGCCGCUGCUGCGGAGAGUCCUGGAGGGCCACAGGGCGACGUUGGGUGCGAGGCACCCAGACUGCCUGCGGGCCUCCGAGGAGCUCUCCGCGCUUCUGCGCUCGCUGGGCCGGCAUGGGGACAGAGAGCCGUUGCUGCGGAGCUGCUUGCAGGGGAUCGAGGAGGUGUUUGGGGACUCACACCUUCGCACGUUGGCCUCCGCCACCGAGCUCGCGGAGCUGCUGUCUAUGCUGGGCCGGUCGGCGGAGGCAGAGCCCCUGCACCGGCGCGCGCUGGAGGGCAGGGAGGCGGUCUUGGGGCCCACGCACCUCGAAACUCUGGAGUCAAUGAGAAGCCUGGGCCACCUGGCGUCCUCGCUCGGCCACCGCCCCGAGGCCGUCUCGCUGCAAUGGCGCGCCCUGGAGUACACAGAGGCCGCCUUUGGGCCCAACCACCCAGAGACGUUGCGGCUGCUGAACACCCUCAUCGAGUCCUCGCUGGGCAUGAAGAAGUACUCGGAGGUCGAGGCGCUGCUCAGGCACGCUGUCGAGAUCCAUGAGGCCCUGCUGGGCUGGCGGCAUCCAGAUGCGCUUGCCGCGCGGCGCCAGCUGGCCCUGCUGCUGCAGUCGAUGCGGCGGCACGCCGAGGCCGAGGCGAUGCUCCGACAGGUCCUCGAGGCACAGCAGAAGACCCUCGGCAACGCGCAUCCCGACGCGACGGCCACCGCGCAGGACCUCAUCGCGUUGCUGACCGCCACAGGGCGCCAGGCUGAGACCGCGCCCCUGCACAGGCGAAUGCUUGACGGGCUCGGGGAGUCCCUCGGGCCGCAGCACACGGCCACGCUCUUCUCUAUGGAUGCCCUCGCUACCAUGCUGCAGGCGGAGGGCAAGUGGGUCGAGGCAGAGGAGUUUGCCCGGCGCGCCCUGGAGGUUCGCGAGGCGACAUUGGGGGCUGGUCACCCGCAGACGCUAGCAUCGGUCAGUUCCCUCGCGCGGCUGUUGCGAGCGCACGACCGUCCCGAGGAGGCGGAGCCGCUGCUUCGGCGCGCGGCGAAGGGCCGCGAGGAAGCGCUGGGGCCGCUGCAUCCGGAUACUCUGUCUUCAACGUUCGGCUUGGCAGGAGUGUUGGUCGUGCUCGGCAAGAGCACAGAGGCCGAGAAGCUCCACUGGCAGACCCUCAGGGGUCGGGAGGAGACUCUAGGAACGGCGCACCCCGACACACUCUCCUCAAUCACCGCCGUGGCGAGCAUCCUCCAGAGGAGUGGCAAAUCGUCCGAGGCGGAGCCCAUGCUGCGCAGUACCCUGGACGCGAGGGAGACGACCCUCGGACCCUCACACCCGCAGACGCUGGGCUCGGUCAACGACCUGGCGGUGCUGCUUCAGAGGCUCGGGUCCCUGGACGAGGCAGAGCAGCUGCACCGCCGGGCGCUGUCCCGUCGGGAGGAGGCGCUGGGCGGUGAGCACCCCGACACGCUAUCCUCGAUCAACAACCUGGCGAGCCUGCUGCUGACAGCUGGCCGCCACCAGGAAGCCGAGCCCCUUCUGCGGCGGUGCCUGCUGGGCGCCGAGAAGGCCUUGGGCCCCUCACACGCGCAGACACUCGGCGCCAGAAACAACCUCGCCAACCUGCUCGUGGCCGACAGGCGCCACUCGGAGGCCGAGCCGCUGCACAGGGAGGCCCUGCGCAGGCGCGAGGCGAGAUUCGGACCAAAGCAUCCAGACACACUGGAGUCCCUCACCAACCUGGCACGCACGCUGCAGGCCCUCGGCAACAAGGCGGAAGCAAUGAAGUUGUUCGAGAAGGCUGUGGAGGUGUCGCAGGAGGUACUCGGGGCGGUCCACCCAGACACCCUGGGCUGCUUGAACAACCUGGCGUACUUGCUGGAGUCGAUUGGGCAGUAUUCGCAGGCCGAGCCGCUGUACAGGCACGCUCUGGAGGUCGCAGAGGCCACGCUGGGCCCGCACCACCCUGACACCAAGCUUUACAGGAGAAACCUCGAGGAGCUGCUGCCAUGGACGAAGGGUGCUGGAGGUGAACUGCCCGCAGCGCGUGAGUCCGCACUAAUUCAGCCGCAGCGAGGUGCUGCUGCGAAGGACUCGCUAGCCUCGAGGUGCGCCUCCUGCGGCGCGUGAGCCAGCCGAGACCGCCUUCGGGCCAGGCCGCCACGCUGUUGCGCGCUGCCUUCGCGCGGCGUCUUCGCGCCCAAGCCAGCAAGGUUUAAAGGAUCUGGUUCCCCUGAGUCGCUCCCGCGCAUGCUGGGCUGAGGGACAUGCUGGCCGUGGUGCGCAUGCGUUCCUUCUGCCUCCUUGCCUUUCCGUAGUCGUUCCAACAUCUUCGCUCCGUUGGGGAAUAUCGCUGCUAGGCAACCGCUGCUAGUGGGCGGCUAAUGCAAGCUUGUGCUACACCCGUGCAAUCGGACACAUCUGGAACUGACUAAUUUGCCGACAGAUCCUCGAGAUGCACCAACGAGAUCUGGAAAAGGCAUUCCGAUCUUGCCAAGCGAAUAUAUUGAGCCCGCAGAAAGGGAGCCACGGCGGCUCCCCAGGGGAACCUCGCAUGCAGACUUUGCAAUCCGAGGCAAUGUUUUUAGAUUAUCUCACAACCUCUUCCGACGCAAUCCAACAUACUUGCAUAUGCUUCUGCGAGAAUCAAUGGUUCUUUCUGGCAUCCCUGUCGUGACUUUGCCGAUGCACUGCCGCGGUAUUUCUCCCCUGGGGACCCCCAGGGGGUGUAGAAGUAUUUUGAGUUUCGUGCAGGAGAUGAUCCUGCCGCCUGCGGCAAGUCCCGCCAAUGUGCAAGUCUACCGUUCUGGGUGGCGACUAUUCGACACGGGAGGCCGGUACGUGUGGCCUUUCGUGUCCCCAGGCGAGGAAAAGACGUGAUUGUUGGUGGCAUGACGCUUAGUCUCGCCGCCCUGGAUGUCCUCGCCACCACCACACUGCCGCUGUCGCCGACGCCGCUCUCUGCCCAGACGUGUCAGUUCCCGGCAGCCGAGCGGCUCCUCGCAGCGCGCGUGCACCAACAGCCGCCAUUGCCCAUGCAGCGCCUCAAGGUCGUGACCGGGCACGUCGCGCAGACUGGCGGAGGGGGGCCAGCGGGCACCCGGCCGCAGCAGGGCCCGGUGGCGGCAAAGGCACAUCACAAGAAGAUUUGGUAUGCGCCGUACAAGUUCGAGGCAUACGGCGAAGAGGAGAUCCAGGCGGUAGAGGCUUCCCUGCGGGAUGGCUGGCUGGCGCCGGGGCCCCGGACCGAGUUAUUCGAGCAGAAGGUCGCGGCCAUCUUCGGCAAGAAGUACGGCAUCAUGGUGAACUCUGGCAGCUCAGGUAACAUGAUUGGGCUGGCAUGCCUCGGCCUCGAGAAAGGCGACGAGAUUGUGACCCCUGCUUGCACGUUUUCCACGGCGGUGGCGCCGAUCGAGCAGCUUGGCCUCAAGCCGGUAUUCUGCGACGUGACGCCCGACAGGUACGUUCCCGAAGUAGACGAGAUCCUCAAGAGGAUCACGCCAAAAACUAAGUGCGUCUUCAUCCCCAAUCUGGCUGGCAGCAAAAUAGACUGGAAGGACCUGCGCGCCAGGAUCCCAAAGGGCAUCUAUCUCUUCGAGGAUUCGUGCGACAGCAUCACCUACACCGCGGAGUCGGACAUCUCGGUCAUAUCAUUCUACGCG